CACUAAACCCAAGAAUUGCUAACGAUAAAGAAGGGUAAAAUUUUAUCUCUCUAUCCCUCUCUGCACUCCCUCUCUGACCCCUUGUUUGUCAUCUUCUCUCCUAUAAAAACACAGCUCGCCAGCUUCCACCUCCCCUCACAACUCGACAUCUUUCUGCCUUCCAAAGACUCCUUUUUUUCCUUCCUUGGUAUUGUCGUCGCAAGAGACUUGGUUGAAACCCAGAUCUUGAUUAGCUUUCAUCACCAGACCGAGGAAUUCCCAAGAAAACCAGAAAGAAGAGAAGGGAUUCUGGGAUUUUUGGUUGUGUGAGCUCGGAAGGCGUUUCCAGAAAGCUUUGAUCUUGAAGGGGUUGAGCCGUAAGGCAAAGCAUAAGAUGGGAAGCGGUGGUGGUGGUUUUGAGAAGGAUCUGAACAUGGAGGCCACUGAGCUCAGGUUGGGCUUGCCGGGCACAGCUUCAUCAACAGCAGUAACAGAUCAAGAGCCCGAGGCUAGGCAGGCGAGGAACAACAAGAGGUCGUUGGUCGACAGGCGCGAGGAGGAGGCCUCAGAGGAUGCUUCUCGGGCUCUUCCAAAGGACCAUGACUCUGCUCCUUCUUCAAAAGCACAAAUCGUUGGGUGGCCGCCCAUCAGAUCUUACAGGAAGAACACCCUUCAGACGAAGAAGACAGAGGCUGAAACAUCUUCAUCUGGGAUUUAUGUGAAGGUGAGCAUGGAUGGAGCACCAUACCUCAGGAAGAUUGACCUCAAUGUCUACAAGGGUUACUCGGAUCUCCUCAAGGCCUUACAGAACAUGUUCAAGUUCACCAUUGGGGAAUAUUCAGAGAGAGAAGGCUACAAGGGGUCAGAAUUUGCACCCACUUAUGAGGACAAGGAUGGUGACUGGAUGCUUGUGGGAGACGUUCCAUGGGAGAUGUUCAUGACAUCUUGCAAAAGGCUGAGAAUCAUGAGAGGAUCUGAAGCUAGAGGACUGGGAUGUGCUGUAUGAGGUCAGGCCCACAAAAGCCCCCUAAAGAGAAAAGGAAAACAACAUGAAGGAAGAUUAUAGCCAGAGGGAGAGAUUUUCAGCUUUGGUUGUUCAUGAAGGAUUUUGUGAUCUUUAGACAUUGGUGAUCUCCUGUGGCUGGUCUUCACCAAGGUUGGAGUGAUGGGUCUUCAAGAGAGAUGAUUUAAACCCAAAAGAGAGAGAGAGAGAGAGAGAGAGGGUGGGAGGGAGGGAGAGAAGCAUAGUGAGUUAGCUGUGCAUUUCUGUAAAAUUUGAAGCAGUAUUGUAUGGUGGCUUGAGCAUAUGUUAUGCCAAUAUACCAUUUUCUAGCUAUCCUUGUCAGGGAUAAAAAAGUUCAUACAGAGGUAUUUUUUGCUUGAUUUGUCUGUAUAGAGGGGAAGUUAUCAGAGUUUAUGAGUUAAUGUACUUUUCAUCAUACAAGUUCACACUUUAAGCAUAAAGAGUAGAACAUCAAUUUUGUUU